GUGAUUGUUCGGACUUGCACCCCUCACUGACGCAAGUCGCGCGUCGGAGGAAUAGUCUUUAGUGCCUGGUCCUUGCUCCGUUGCGAAUGAGGACUGGACAUCCUCAUCCGGAAGGGCGAUGAUUGCUCUUUCGUGGCUCGACAGUCACUUUUACGCAGGCAAUUGCGUACCAUGAGGGGGCAGGCGCGCCAACUAUAGUCAAGUCCACGUGAGGGCAGAGUGGCUCGUGUCCUUCCGUUCCUUGCGAGCUUUCGAGACGGAACGGGACUCGGAAAGACGCGUUCGCCUAGGAAAGUUCCCAGCUUCCACCAUUCAGGGCGACCGCACUCUAAGAACUCUUCUCCCUACCUCCAUCACAUAUCACACCGUUGCCGCUCUUCUGUCAGCUCUCUCACAGAUGCGUGACUCGGCUCAUUACCUGCGUCAAUAGGUAUCACAACCUGAAGGCGCCUACGACAGAAUCGCCACCGCCAAUGGGCUCUCAUCCACGCUUGUCCUUGUCUGUGGAGGCGCCUCCCUACGCGUCUCAGCGAUACCCUCGUACAGCUGCUGUGACUACCUCAAAGCCCAUCAGUAGAGUCUCACAUAUUCGCCAGACUGAUGACAGGCGUAUGACGGGCGUACAGGGUGGGGCCAACAGGAGCGGCGGUACCCCAGCCAACCGGCGGGUCCAGACCCAGCUGCCGCAUUACUUCUCAUCACCCGCCACGUCUGCAUCGACCCCACGCUCUACUGCAGCGGCGCCGUCAUCGUCAUCGGCAUCCGCUGAUGAUCACAUCAGGGGCGGAACGAACUAUCCAGCAGACGUUGCUGGCAGUGGACCAUCUCGGAAUUCCAAGAGGAGGCGUACCUCACCUGACGCCAGUAUGCUCGGGAAGGCGCCCCCAUCCACCCUCAAGGCGCCCAGGCCCAGUACUCAGAACGCUGUGCAAUCUGCCUGCGAAAGCGUUUCGAGCAACGAGCUGGAGGAAGAAGAGGCCUGGAUGAGGAGAGCUCGUGUCCUCACUGGGCGUCAUGAGGAAAACCCUGCUGUGAUUUCGUCUUCCCCGCGUCGUCAGAAGGAGACCUCCGACGAAGCUAGUAAGAACAAGCAAGCUUCAGCGUCUGCCGCCCCUCGACGUCCUCAUACGGCUCAGGCAGGCGAAGCGGUCCGGGCGGUUGUCCCACCUCGAUCGCCUGCUCAGCGUGCUGCCGUCAAGGAGCCCUCCUCGCCAUUUCAAGAGACGCCGUGGCUACACGAUUCCCUGUCCGAACUCUCCAUGCUACCCUGGGAGAGGGACGCAGCUCUCAAGCUGCCUCAAUAUCGCACCUCGGCUGGGUCGAAACCCACGGAGAGGGAUCUGCAGAUCAAGCGCAACAUGGAACAGGCAAUUGCCCAGAAAGCUCAGCAGGAGGCCAUCGCCCGAAGUCUGGGUCUUACCGUUGGAAGAUGGUCAAAUGCAGAUACAACUCGGUCAGGACCUGCUUCGCCCAGACCGGCAGCGCGGACUCCGGCUCGAGGCUCGAGACCGGAGAAAGAAGUAGUGGAUGUUGCGUCUGGCGCAGCUUUGCCACCUCCAGCUGACAGCGAAAACGAACUGCCCUACCGCAAGCGUCCCAUCACACCAAUGAUGACUCCACAGCUGUUUUCAAAACGGGCCCCUCUCUUGCCUCGCUCUAUUCCCAACAGCAGUAAGGAGCAGUCACGGCCGGCUCUGUCCGACGCGGGAUUGAGCGGCGAUGAAGAUCAGGAGCGUCCCGGUCACUUGGCCACCCCCAGCAUUCGCCACCCUCAAGUGUCUGCCGGGGUGCCUCGCUCCAAGGACGUAUUGCCCGCCACUCCGACCCCGGAGCUCCCUGCCAUUCGAUCUCCCCGAUCGAAGCGCAAAGUCUACGCACUCGAGACGCAAGACGGCGCUCCCCUUCCGACCCCUUUCGACAUCCGAGCUGCCGGUAUCCGGAGACUGCCGAACAAGUUGCACUCCGGGAGCCGUGGCCCCGCGACUCCUCGCGUGCACGAGGAGGAGGCCGCCCAAAGACAGACGACGCUCGAUCGGCGUGGCUCUUCAACAAGGCAGCGUUCAGGGCAGAGCGACCGUGACGCUUCAACUCCUCGAAAGCUUCGCGACCAUCUACUUUCGGUGAACCGCUUGAGUCCUCGUAGCAACUCGAAGAAGAGAGCCCGCGAGGCUCGUCUGGAGGAAUCCUCUUCUGACGUUGAGAUGGGAGGGGGCGGGUACGCGGCAGACUCUUCCUCACCUCUGCAGUCCCCGGGCGAGACCCAAAUGCUUGGGGGUGACUAUGACGAUGAGGCAGAUGAAACUGUACUGCCGACGAGAGCGAUCGAUCAAUCGCUGCGGGGCACGCAUGUCCCGCCUGAGAGCGGCAGCAGAAGGAGCAGCGAGAAGGAGGAUGAAGCCGUGGAAGAGACACAGCCGCUGCCGUUCCUUGACGCCGACGAUACCUCAGAUGACGAUGAGGAGGAUCUCUUAGUAUCGCGUCCGCCGCCGAACAAGGGCACCGGAUCAUCUCGAAGAGUUGACGCUCAAGCGGUACCUUUCCUUCAGCGAGCAACACAGAAACCGACAGGCUGGGCCACUGUCAACGCCGCCUGGGAAGGGCUCAACCUCAAUGACACAAGGCGCGUGCAAACGGGCGAUCGGGAGCAACAGCAACCUACGCUUGGUCACUAUGGCUUCGACGAGUCUACACGUGCCAAACGUUCUGCUGCUAGACCUCUGAAACUUUCGCUCCCAAAUGCGCCCGAAUUGAGCUUCGACCAUCCUCUCAGUCGAGAUGUGACUGAUCAUUUGACCGAUGAUGAGGACGCUGAGGAUGCGAGGGAUGCGGACGAUUCGGGUUUCGUCGAUGGAUUGCGGGACGCAAAGGAGGGCCAAGGACUGUCGAGCGCAAGUAAAGGAGCGAGAGGAACACCGACUUAUCGUGACACAUCCAUCCUGGCUUGGUCGAAGGAAGUUGUGCCAGACAGUCAAGCUACACAGCCUUUAGCGUGGGAUGAAGAGGAUGACAGUGGCAAGAAGAGCCACAAAAGCCCUCGUUCAGACACACAAGAUACUUCGAACACCGAGGAUGAGGCUGUACUCCCGAUGGAUGUGCUCAAAAGGAUGAGAACGAAGAUGACCGAAUGGCCUCAGGGUGGCAUCGAUCGGAGGCGAGGGAUUCGCAGCAGCUCCCACGCGGCGGCGAACAACAUUGCAGCUACCUCGGUCAUGAGUGAAGGUGGAGAAAGCGGCGACUCGGACGGUUGGGUACCAGACAUGCCUUCGCAAAUGGAGAGUUUCUUUGAAAGGCUAUGAAUCAGGCUUGGAGACGUAGGGCGGCACGUAUGGGCGGCCACAUUUAUCUCUGUUGUACUAUAUCUUCAUUACGCUUCCUAUGUCAUUGUUGCAUCUCAUGGAAGUGUACGAGUC